CGCAGCAAUAGUGUAUCAACGCCGCCCUCUCGUUAUUACUUUCUAAACCAGGCAAGGUAGCAAUCCGACCGCACCCUUUAAAAAGCUUAUCAAGAGCCUAGCUGUCAACUCGAGUGAAGAAUGGACUCCGGAGCUAUUCUUACACAGGCCCAGUACGAUGUCAUAGCCAAAGUGUUUCGUAGUGCUGACACUGAAGAGACAGGUUCCAUUGAAGCGUCUGUAGUUCCCUCUCUGGCUGGCAAGGCUCUUGGCUCUGUCAAGGAGAGUGACUUGCACCUCAUACGUUACCGAGCUGAAGCUAAAGCAGGAGAAGGGCGUAUCUCAUUUGCUGAUUUCCUGGAGCUCAUGGCAGAGGUCAUGUCACAGACAACACGCUGGGGAAACCUGGCUACUAAGUUGGAUGGUUACGUUGGGUUUGACACAGUGCAAGAACAGAUACGCAAGAAAUCUCUGAAGCGAGGUUUUGAGUUCAACUUGAUGGUAGUGGGCGAAACAGGACUGGGCAAGUCUACACUCAUCAACACUUUGUUCAAGUCUAAGAUAAGUAGGUCCACUUGCACUCCUCCUCCACACCCUGUUCCCAGGACUACUGAGGUCAACUCUGUCAGUCAUGUGGUGGAGGAACAAGGAGUGAGACUCAAGCUCACGGUCACGGACACUCCAGGCUUUGGUGAUCAUAUCAACAAUGACAAAUGCUGGGUUCCCAUCAUUGAGUACAUCAAUGAGCAGUUUGACAAGUACCUUAAUGAGGAGGUGGCUAUUAACAGGAAGAAGGUGAUUCCUGACACAAGAGUUCAUGCCUGCCUCUACUUUGUUCCUGCCACUGGACACAAUUUGCGUCCUCUGGAUGUGGAGUUUAUGAAACGCUUGCAUCAUUGUGUCAACAUAGUACCUGUCAUUGCUAAAGCAGACACUCUAACAGUAGAGGAGAGAGAUGCCUUCAAGAAGAGAGUAAGGGAGGACUUGCUGCAUCAUGGGAUCAAGCUCUACCCUGCAGCCUAUGGAGCAGAGGACGAAGAUGAUGCUACCUCUAACUCCAAAAUAGAGCAACAUAUUCCAUUUGCUGUGAUUGGUAGUGAUCGCGAAGUAGCGGUGGGUGGGAAAAAGGUUCUGGGAAGGCAAACAAAGUGGGGCUUCAUUGAAGUGGAAAACAAAAAGCAUUGUGAAUUUGCUCAACUGCGUGACAUGCUUAUCAGGACUCAUAUGCAGGACCUCAAGGAAACAACUGAUAAAGUGCAUUAUGAGAACUUCCGUCACUCGCGACUGCAACAAACUCAAGUAGCUGGAGAGAGCAACAUUUAACUAACCAACUUGCCAGGGAACACAUUUCUUAGACUUUAGUAAUAAUUUAGAAUCAUAGAUAUCCCAGUUGCUGUAAUUAUAGUUGAGCUCUGAAUGGCAUUUUGUGUACAUUUUACUUA